CCCAUGUUAAUCAUAUCAAUGACAUCAAACACGAUAAUCGGGCUGAUAAUUUGGAAUGGGUAACUCCCAAAGAAAGUGCCGAACGUAGGGUAUUUCCAAAUCACAGCCGUAUCGGAUCCAGAAAAAUUGUGCAGAAAACGUUAAACGGAAAUGUUGUUCAGGUUUGGGAUUCUAUUCACCUCGCCAGUAGUACACUCAAAAUUUCAGAAUGUUGUAGUGGGAAGCAAAAAACUUCUGGUGUCUGGCGUUGGAUGUAUUAUGAAGAUUACAUAGAACUAGAUCUAAAUGAAGAAUGGAGAGAAAUAGAGCUCAAUUCACGAAAAUUCAGAGUUUCAUCUCUCGGAAGAAUUCAGUUAUCAAAUGGUGAAAUAACCCAAGGUUCAUUGCAUAUAGGUUAUCGAAAAAUCGCUCGAGAAGGAUAUCUUGUUCGUCGCUUGGUAGCAUUUUGUUACAAAGAAGGAAAAGAAUAUGUAAAUCAUAUUGACGAGAAUCCUACACAGAAAGAAAACACCCAACAUGCCUGUACGUCUUGGGCUUCGUAA